AUGGCAGAAAAGAAUGGCUCCUCUGCCUCUCAUACCCUCAACUCAACUCCGCUAAGCCAAAAGGCUAGUGGAGGAGGCAGGAGGAAGCAACCCAGAGCGUCUGCCUCGGGAGCCGAUCUCGUUUCCACCCCUUCGAGAGUUGUAGGCGCCUCUCCCAAAGGAAAAGAGAAAGCUCUCGAUGUUCUGCCAUCUACCCUUCAUCAUACUGAGACAAGUGUAAAGCUGUCGAGGAAUCAGAGGAAGAAGAACAAGAAGGCUCAGAACGGUGAAAGCUCUGUCGCCCCUCAACAGCGGAAAGAUGACAGUGUCUGGGAUUUGAUACCCGUUGCUCAGAAUGAGGUAUCUCGUAUACCGCCUGUUUGGUCGAACGAUGGAAGAUUCUACUUCACCGUAACUCAUACCUCUAUACACAUACAUUCUUCCACUGCUUCUACCUUUGCUCGUCUCUCCACCUUGUCAUCUACUCAUCCGGGAGGUCACUCGAAACCCAUAACCUCGUUGCAUCUUUCACCUGCCAACUCAUUCCAGAUCAUAUCGGCUUCCGAAGACGGUACAAUCAAAGUUUGGGAUUGGGUUGCAGGGAGAUUGGUGCGGACUAUCAAAUUUUCCGAGCCUCAUGCCAAAGUGCAGCAUAUCGCUUUCGGUGAAGUCGCUGGUAAAUGGUGGAUCUUCGCUGCUGUCACUCACAGCAAAGAUGCCUCAGCUCACAAACUCUCUCAUCGAGUACUCCGAGUCUCCAUCACUGGAUCUGGUGGACCUUCACUUAUCGGUAAACUAUCUGCACCACCAGUGGCCUUGAUGAUGUCUCCUCGAUUCACCUAUCUCGUCGCUCUUUCAGCUACCAAAGCGUACACCUACCGAAUGCCUACUUCGUCCAUUGACUCAAAUGUGGACAUAUGGGAAACCCGACCGACGUGUGUAAAGUUCGUCUCUGAUCAAUCUUUCACUUGCGGUGCUUUCAGCCCCGAAAAGACCCUUGCUGCCUCAAGUGAAGAAGAAUGGUUUGCUACAGGUGACGAGAAGGGUGUCAUACGUUUAUGGCAUGGUUUAGCCCAGGCUUUCAGACAAGUCGAUCUAGCCAAUGUCAAUCAAUCGACGAUGGGCGUCGCCAGCACUCAGACCGAGUCGGAAAAGAGAUUGCCAACCACUUCAUUGCAUUGGCAUGCCCAUGCUGUAUCUGCUUUAGCAUUCACUCCAUCUGGUUCUCAGCUUUUAUCCGUGGGUGAGGAGAGUGUGCUGGUACAAUGGCACCUCGCCUCUGGUAAAAGGGAAUACAUACCUCGAUUAGGUGGAAGACCAAUUAUCAGCUUGACAGUGAGAAAGGCUACUCGUGCAGGUGAAGAGGAAUGGUGGAUGAGUCUUGCAGAUGGCGCUACCAUCCGUGUAGGCCCUGCUUCGGGGCAUAUCUCAAAUGUCGGACAGGGUGUCAGACUAGAUCCCUUACGUCCCACCUCUUCUACUUCCUCUUAUCCUUUCUCCCUUCAUCCAUCGACCUCGUCCCUUGUCGUCCCUUCUUCUCAUCCUUCAACCCUUCAAUUUAUCGAUCCCAUCGCUUCAUCUGUGCUGUUCGAUCUCGAGGUUGCUCCAUCCAACCGUGUCAGUCGUCGAGACGAGAAAGAAAUACAACCUGUAUCCGUCGAGAAAGUCGCAUUUUCCGAUUCACAAGAUGGCCAAUCGAUCUGGAUGGCAACUUUCGAAAGUAGAACAGGCGACGAAAUGGAAGGUGGUGGUGCUAUCAAGAACUUGAAAAUGUGGAAAUGGCAAGAUGAGAAAUAUGCUGUGAACACUCAAUUUCCUCGGCCUCAUGGUUCAUCGAACGUGACUUCAGUCGUAUUCUCUCCAAUCUCUCAAUUAUCAAGCACUUCUUCCAACUCUUCCAUUUUACCUACCCCUUAUCUCCUAACUGCUUCCUCAGAUGGUGUGGCCAAGAUCUGGCAAGUGCGCCAAUCAAAGAAAUCACAGAACGGUAAAGUCGCAUCCGCCAAACCCGCUCUUAUCGAAUUGUACUGGUCAUGUCGGUCUACUUUCGAUUAUCGAAGCAUGCCAAUCUCGGAUUCCGCUUUCUCACCCGAUGGAACGAUCGUUGUCCUUGCUCAUGGAUCUGUCGUCACUCUGUGGGAUGUUGAAAGUAACGUCUUACUCAAAGUGUUCGAUCCGCCUUCUGGCAUCGAUAUUAACAAGACAGGAUUCGUAGGUGACGAAGGUAGAUAUCUCAUAGGUGCAGGUGAAGAUUAUGGUGUGAUCGUAUGGGAUCUGCUCUCUUGUGAAGUGGCAUGGUCGAUUCAAGAUCAUUCAGUCCAGAAUCUCAGUAUAUCUGACGGAUUCUUCAUCACCACUUCAAUUCUCACUGGCAAAUCAAUCUUCACGAUCUUCUCCCCUCAUUCUCCUGAACCAGUCAGGACCAUGUCUACUUCUCAACCCAUCAAACAUCUUCAAAUCCUCCCGUCACCCUCUGUGUCACCCUCCUCAUUGCAUCUCAUCGGAGUAGCACCUUCCGGUGAAAUCUAUAGAUUUGGUGAUCUCGCUCAUUCAGCCGCGCCACUAUCUUCCAAAGCCGUCUCCACGGCUCAACAGCAGAAACAAGGCUUAUCAAUCUGGCAAGAGAUGUUCGGAAAAGAUGCUUUCCUGGAUUCUCUCUCCUUGGACGUCGCUUCUGCGGAAGAGGCGAACGCCACUGCCACGGCCAGUGCAUUACAACAAAGAGUCGUAGCUGGCAAAGGUAAACCAUCUGACAUUUUCAAUGGACCAAGUCAUACGAUGCCUUCCACUUCGAUACUCUUCGACGCAUUUAUGGAUGAACUUCUCUCUGGACAUACCUCUCUACCUUCCACCUCUGCUACUAAUCAAGAUGAGGAAUUGGGCAGUAAUGAGAUAUUGUAUGAAGAAGGACGGAAGAUUGAUGUUGAUGUUCCUGCUGUUUCGGUCGCGAAAGGUAAACAGGUGGAUGAUGAGGAGAUUAGGGAGUUGGAAGUGUUCUUCAGGGACGUAUUGGGUAAUGUAUCGACGAAUAUACCUAAGACACCUGCAGUGAAAAAGGUAAAUGGCCACAGCCACGGCCAUGGACAUGGACAUCUACCUAAUGGUGAUCAAAUUGUCACUCCGCUGAAUAACAAGAAACCCAACGGUAUCGGAAGUGCUAAACACAGAGAUGACGAAAUUGUCAUCGAUACACCUUCAUCAAAUAAGAAGGAGAAGGAAAAUGGGAGUGCGCAGAAAGGGAAAAAGAGGAAAGCACCUAGAGAGGAUUAA